UGUGAAAAUCAAUGCCACUUAACACUUCUGUAUAGAUGAUGCCGGCUCUGCUUGUCGCGGUGCAAUCAAUAUGCGGAUUGCGCGACUAUAUAUGGAUCCUCAGGACAAAUUGAGGUUCGAAAUUCAGGGCAAGUCCUCUGUAAAGUAUCACCUCAAAGCAAAUCAUGUAGUAGAAGCCAAGCGGUGGUUCUGGGCGCUCAAUAACGCCAUUCAAUGGUCCAAAGAUGAAGCGCGGGAGGAGGAGAAGAAACAGCAUAGGGAUUCGGAAGUGCUUCGCCAAGCCCAGGCAGAGCAGGCGGGGAAGAGCCAACACCGAGAAAGCGACAGCACGAGCAUCGCCAGCAGUAAGCUUGGCAAGACUUUGACUCCUACUGGGGCGAUUAGCGUCCCUGGCGCCGGCGGGUCUCGUUCCACCUUGGUAGCCUCCAGCUUCGGCCCAGAAAGUAUCAUAGAAGAAGAUGAGAGCGCUGUUGUUGGUUCGUAUGAUCCAAGCAUCAUAGCAAAUGAUCUUGGCAAAACCAUCAGCAACGCCGAGACUGCCAAUAUUGAGGGUGACAUGGACGAUGAGGAAGAUUAUGGAGAUGAUCCAAGCAUCAAUGAUCUGCAGACCACGAACAAAGAUGCCUUCAAUAUUACCGCACAGUCUGCAAAUUUGCAGUUGGACCUUUUGUCUCAAGUCUCCGCUGCUCUCCAAACCGAAAAGUCGCGAAAUUCUUCGCUCUCUAUUUCCGAUCCAUCGGUUGUCAAGGCUUUACUUUCCUAUGACUCUGCGCUUGUCAGUCUGAAGGGCUUGAUUGGUGACCUCUUGAAGAUGUCAAGGGACCGAGAUGCUUAUUGGCAAUACCGCCUAGAUCGCGAGGCUGAUAUUCGAAGGUUCUGGGAAGAAAACAUGGCUCGCAUAGCCAAGGAACAAGAAGUUUUGCAGGAGCGCAUCGGCGAGUCGGAAGACAAGCGCAGGCGCACAAAGCGAGCCCUGAAGGAGGCACUUGGCAGCGCAGCCCCUUCUGCCGCAAUUAGCCGUAGAGGGAGCGGCGAAAUUCCAAGGGAGACUCCCAGCAUAUCAGAAGCUCUGGAGCAGGUUCCAGUUGAUAAGGAGGGCGCAGCCCCGCUGCGGAGGAAAUCAAUCUCUGCGACCAAGCGGCGGUCUACAAUUGUUGAUUUGAGCAAUAUCUCCCCAUCAGACUCUGAAGAUGACGACGAUGAGUUUUUCGAUGCGUUGGAUGCUGGCGAAGUUGAGGUUCUUGAUAAGUUGCCCACAAUUCCUGCUGAGAGUCGACCACACGAGGAAGGCCUGGUUGUCAGCCGUGAGGCCAAGAAACAAGAGAUCACGCCGUCCUUUCACGGCUAUGAAGAGCCAUUGAGGAAGAGACUCAAGCUUGACGCUGACAACAGGCCUAAAAUUUCUCUUUGGGCGAUUCUGAAGUCUAUGAUUGGAAAGGACAUGACCAAGAUGACGCUGCCUGUAUCUUUCAACGAGCCUACUUCUCUGUUACAGCGAGUGGCAGAAGACAUGGAAUAUGCUGACCUCUUGGACACCGCGGCCGAGCGUCUGGACUCUACCGAACGUAUGGUUUAUGUUGCAGUUUUUGCCGCGAGCGAGUACGCGUCUACAAUUGGGCGAGUCGCAAAACCAUUUAAUCCCCUAUUGGGAGAAACGUACGAAUACGCCCGACCAGACAAGGGCUACCGUUUCUUCAUCGAGCAAGUCAGCCAUCACCCUCCUAUUGGCGCCGCGUACGCUGAAUCACCAUCAUGGGAUUACUAUGGAGAAUCGGCCGUCAAGUCAAAAUUCUAUGGAAAGUCAUUCGACAUCAAUCCGCUCGGUACUUGGUUUUUGAAGCUUCGGCCAAGUUCUGGGGGCGAGGAGAUUUACACCUGGAAAAAGGUCACCUCGAGCGUUGUCGGCAUCAUCACCGGUAACCCGACUGUCGACAACUACGGACCAAUGGAGGUCAAAAAUUGGAAAACAGGCGAUGUCUGUAUCCUGGACUUCAAGCCUCGAGGAUGGAAAGCUUCUUCUGCCUAUCAAGUGACUGGCAAAGUGACUGGCGCUGAUGGAAAGACCCGAUGGAGUAUUGGCGGCCGAUGGAACGACAAGAUUUAUGCCCGUCUUACUCCUGGUUUUGAAGAUGACUUGGAUCGGCCCUCAUCGGUCUCAGUCCGCAGCCAAGAUGCAGGAUCAACUCAGGCGUUCUUGGUGUGGCAAUGCCAUGAGCGUCCAAGCGGCAUUCCAUUCAACCUAACACCUUUUGUCCUGACCCUGAAUGCUCUUCCGGAGAGCCUGCGUCCUGUUCUCGCACCCACAGACACUCGGCUGCGGCCCGAUCAGCGCGCCAUGGAGGACGGCGAGUACGAUUUCGCUGCCGUCGAAAAAAAUCGCGUUGAGGAGAAGCAGCGCAAGAAGAGGAGAGAGAGGGAGGCUAGUGGUGAGGAUCACAAACCCAGAUGGUUCACCAAGGGCAGGUGCGAAAUUACAGGUGAACCCUACUGGGUGUUCAAUGACCAGUACUGGCGCAUGAGAGACGAGGUUGCCAAGGGUGGAAGCUGGGAAAAGGUCGAAGAUAUCUUUUAACACUUUCCAUUCUUGCUUUACACUAUUCUCUACCUGAAUCUCCCAUUUCCUUUUAGUCCCUUUCGUUCCAUUGCUAUUUAAUUGGCCUACAGGGCCAAAACCGAUACCAGAUUGUCAUUGCGAGGCUAUGUUGCUAUACUCACCAAGUCACAACGCGAUAAUUGACCGCUUUAUUUCAAGCGUUCGAGAGCAGGGAAAAUUGUUUUUCUUUUUUCAAAGUAAAUAUCUUUAUUUUUCGAUACUCUACCUUUCUAUUUUUUAAUUCUUAGUCCCCGCUUAACUUGGCCUGCCACUCUACUUUAGUAUAGCAUGAUUAGCUCAUGUAUAGGAAC